UAAGUGGAGUACUUUUUUGUUUGUUUUUUUGUUUUUCACAAAGGAAUCUCUUUUUGUAGAUUCCAAGUUGGUUCCUUUUUUUUUAUUAAAAAUAGAAACUUUAUAAUGGGGAAUGUUAAUGGAAGAGAAGAAAUUGGUGACAAUAGUGAAUCUGGUGUUGAUGGUGGGGUCCACCAAGAAACUAUGGAUGGUGAAUUUAUGGGUCAAUCUCCACCUUCAAGUCCUACAGCUUCUCAAUCACCAUUGAUGUUUAGACCUCAGAUGCCAGUGGUCCCUUUACAAAGACCCGAGGAGCUGCAUAUCGCAAACCCUUCAUGGAUGCAAACCACCUCAGGAUACGAAGACUUGAAUGAUGAGCAAGGAGUUCCCACAUUGAUAUCAUGGACCUAUGAUGGCAAAGAAGUUGCCGUGGAGGGAUCAUGGGAUAAUUGGAAAUCAAGGAACCCUUUGCAAAGAUCUGGGAAAGAUUUCACCAUUUUGAAGGUCCUUUCUUCUGGAGUUUACCAGUAUAGGUUUAUAGUUGAUGGACAAUGGAGGUGUUCCCCUGAUUUGCCAUGCAUCCAGGAUGAAGUAGGAAAUACUUACAACAUUUUGGAUGUGAAGGAUUAUGUGCCAGAAGAUAUCGAAAGCAUUUCUGGUUUUGAACCUCCUCAGUCCCCAGAUUGCAGUUACAGUAACUUGCAACUUGGAGCAGAGGACUACGCCAAGGAGCCACCUUUUGUUCCGCCUCAUCUACAGAUGACUUUGCUUAACGUUCCAGCAACUCACAUGGAAAUUCCACCUCCUUUGUCGAGACCUCAGCAUGUGGUACUUAACCACCUCUACAUGCAGAAGGGAAAGAGUACCCCGUCUGUGGUAGCACUCGGUUCAACUAAUCGAUUCCUCUCCAAAUAUGUGACGGUCGUACUUUACAAGUCCAUACAGAGGUGAACACCCGUCUGGAUGACAAAUUAUUACAAGUCAGGUCUCAACUAAUGGCCACUCAAGAAAGCAGCAGAGGAAUGUGUCGAGAUCAAAUUCUCUACUGUCACUUUACCUGUAAUCACUUAUACUUAUUUGCAGUUACAACAUCUAAUGGAGUAGAGUUGUCAUGGCCACACGAAAAGUAACACAGUUGAAAGAGAGAAACCGUGCUUGUUGUACUCUUGAGGAGUCUCUAAGUUGUGCUGGAAUCUAGAGUUUAGUGGAUAGGAUGUUUAAGGUUUUAAUGGAAUUCUGUGAACCAUAAUCUUGUUUUCCUUCCCAAUUGGCCAUUGAAUGAAAAUUUUGGCUUUAGUUUUAUUGAA